CAACAGACGCUUGACAAACUGGAUCUGCAGGCCAGAGCACAGCCAGCAUCUGGAACACCAGUCAACACUGAAAUCUCACCAGUUUUACAGCUUGUGCUAACCCUCGGCGGCGUCUCCAAGAGAGAAGGCAACAAGAUGGGAUUGCUGUCCAUCCUGCGUAAGCUAAAGAGCACACCAGACCAGGAGGUUAGGAUACUACUGCUGGGUCUGGACAACGGCGGGAAGACCACCCUGCUCAAACAGCUGGCAUCUGAGGAUAUCAGCCACAUCACCCCCACACAGGGUUUCAACAUCAAGAGCGUCCAGUCUCAGGGUUUUAAACUGAAUGUUUGGGACAUUGGAGGCCAGAGGAAGAUCAGGCCGUACUGGAGAAACUAUUUUGAAAACACUGAUGUGCUGAUUUAUGUCAUCGACAGCGCUGACAGGAAGAGGUUUGAGGAAACAGGUCAGGAGCUGGCUGAGCUGUUGGAUGAAGAGAAGCUGAGCGGCGUUCCAGUGCUGAUCUUUGCAAACAAGCAGGACCUGCUGACAGCCGCCCCGGCCUCUGAGAUCGCCGAGGGUCUGAACCUGCACACCAUCCGGGAUCGCAUGUGGCAGAUCCAGUCCUGCUCCGCCCUCACCGGCGAGGGGAUUCAGGAGGGCAUGAACUGGGUCUGCAAGAGUGUCAACUCCAAGAAAAAGUAGCUUCGCUUCUAGACUUCCACUACUCAGGAGGAACAGCUGCAGCACAUACACUCAUACAUGUACACUGACACACAUGCGCCCUCCUGAGCCUUAAUACAACGGGAUACACCUGUGAAUGUACACACACUACUAAUCCAACAUGGACUUGGAGUUUUUAACCCUCUGCAUUCCUGUAUCGCUGAUGUUUACUAAUUUCCAUACAUCCUCCCAUGUUUUCUUCUCCUACAAAAGAAGAGGGGGGGAACUUCAAAGGGAACCCAUGCCAGGAAGUCAACCCCCCUCCGCCCCAGUCUACCCACGUCACCGUCACCGUCCCAGCCAAUCCCAGCCACCGUCCGCAGCCUGUCAGAACCUCAAACAUCCCAGUUAAAACUGCUGUCUUUCAUUGGAAUUCCAGCAUGUUCUUAAAACUCUUUCACACGCUGUCCUGGAAACCAGCCCCCUCCUCCUCCUCCUCCUCCUCCUCCUCCUCCUCCUCCUCCCAUCUCCAUCUUUUCUUCAUCUCAUUCUUACAGGUCGAUAUGUGUUGUGUUUUUUCUUUCUUUUUUUUUUUAUCAUUCCACAAUGGCUGUAAGCGCUUUUCCUGCUAUGGCUCUGUUUGAAGUGAGGUAUAUUUUUGUAAUUGUUUUAUUUAUGGUGAAGUAGAGUGUAGAGUGCUUUCAAACAACAACUGGUGUAGCGUGUGUGUGUGAUGUCAAGGAUGUUGGAGAAACAGUCCGCUGUCUUCAAACUCUCCCCACUAAAGAAUGAUACUUGUACAUGUUAAUAUGUAUAAAACAAAUUAAAUGGUUAAGAGGAUCUACAUUUUUUUUUUUUGGACCAACUGUAAAUAGCUCGGCCCUGUGUUCAUAUGUUACCUUAUGCACAUGUUAUAGAGUAUACGUUACCUUGCUGUACUUUGUAGUCUAUAAUGUUUGCAUAUGUAAUGUAUGCUGGCAGAUUUUUAACAGAGUUAUAUGUCCUGUAUGUCCCAAUGCAUUUCUCUGUGCGACUCUCGGGUAGUGAGGGAAUUUCACUCUUUAGGCAUUUCCUUUUGAUAUUCUUGAAUGUAAUCUGUCCAGAAUUGAAGGUACUGUAUGUGAAUAAAAAAGAUGAAAAAAGACAGACAAAUGUUUCAGGAAAUCAUCCGGUUAUUAAUAAAUUAAUCCAAGUUUCGUCUUCUACUCAUAAAGACUGUUUUUCACUCA